AGGACGAAACCCUAGUUUUCUCUCUGCUCUUCUACCCAAAAACCCUAGCAGUAGCAGCUUCUCCUCCAAUGGCUACAGCUGCCGCCAUUCCCACCACCACCGUUCAAGCCCUAGAAAAUGACAUGGCUACUGACGGCGCCGUCCCUCUCCCCGCCGUCAUGAAAGCUCCGAUCCGUCCCGACGUUGUCACCUACGUCCACUCCAACAUUUCCAAAAACGCCCGUCAACCUUAUGCUGUAUCAAAAAAAGCCGGCCACCAGACCUCAGCUGAGUCAUGGGGUACCGGAAGAGCUGUUUCACGUAUUCCCCGUGUUGCCGGUGGUGGUACCCACCGCGCCGGUCAAGCUGCUUUCGGUAACAUGUGUCGUGGUGGUCGAAUGUUUGCUCCGACGAAGAUCUGGCGCCGAUGGCACCGUAAGAUUCCCGUGAACCAAAAACGAUAUGCCGUUGCUUCAGCUAUCGCCGCUUCUUCAGUUCCAUCCCUUGUCCUCGCACGCGGCCAUCGUAUCGAGACCGUCCCCGAGCUUCCUCUCGUUGUUUCGGAUUCGAUCGAAGGGAUUGAAAAGACUAACAAUGCUAUCAAGGCUUUGAAGCAAAUCGGCGCUUAUCCAGAUGCUGAAAAGGCUAAGGACAGUCACGCAAUUCGUCCCGGAAAGGGAAAAAUGCGUAACCGUCGCUACAUUUCUCGUAAGGGACCACUGAUUGUGUACGGAACCGAAGGUGCUAAGCUCGUGAAGGCGUUUAGGAACAUUCCCGGUGUUGAAAUUUGCCACGUGGAUCGAUUGAACUUACUCAAGCUCGCUCCAGGUGGUCACUUAGGAAGGUUUGUUAUUUGGACUAAAUCAGCUUAUGAGAAAUUAGAUUCGAUUUAUGGAUCAUUCGAUAAGCCUUCAGAGAAAAAGAAGGGGUACUUAUUGCCACGGCCGAAAAUGGUGAAUGCUGAUUUGGCUAGGAUUAUUAACUCGGAUGAGGUCCAGUCUGUUGUAAGGCCGAUUAAGAAGGAUGUUAAUAAGAGGGCUACAUUGAAGAAGAAUCCACUGAAGAAUUUGAAUGUGUUGUUGAAGCUCAAUCCUUAUGCUAAGACUGCCAGGAGGAUGUCACUUUUGGCUGAGGCCCAACGGGUUAAGGCCAAGAAGGAGAAGCUCGACAAGAAGAGGCAUCAAAUUACAAAGGAGGAGGCAUCUGCUAUCAGAUCUGCAAGCCAUUCGUGGUACAAGACAAUGAUCUCAGAUUCUGACUAUACAGAGUUCGACAACUUCUCAAAGUGGCUUGGAGUUUCUCAGUGAAGAGACUUUCCCUUUUAUGAAAUCAUGUUAGAUGUUUACUUGUUGGUUUAGUCUGUUCUUUUGUUCUACUUUGGAGGUCCAAGACAUAAAGAGAGGAAGUGGGUGGAAAAUUACAGGCUAUAUGCCUGGAUUUUCCCUGCCCACAUUUUGAGUUUAUUUUUUAGCUGGAGUAUAAAUUUAAAAGGUAUGGAGUUAAGGAUUUUUAUUUGAGUAGUUUGUUUUUUGGAUCGUUUUCGAAUAUUGGAUGUGUGAGUUUGACUUGAAGCUUAUAUUCCUUUUGCUACAUAGAUGCAUAUUAAGUUGA